AUCCUCAAUCCUCAUGCAAAGUUAGAACACCUUAGUUCAUCUGUCAGUGCAAAAUAAAAUAAAAACGCAAGAGCCAUAGAACACCUUCAUCUGUCACUGUUUGGCACUCUGUCUCUAAGCUGAAGAAGAAGAAGAAGAAGUGGCUCAUGCUUCACAGUGGCGGAAGGAGGCAACAGAAAAUGCACGUCUCAAAUUCUCCCAACGAACAAAGGAUUUCCAAACACAGAAUAUACCAGUGUCACACUUGUAAGAGAGGAGAAAUGAGAAGCCAUAGACUACUCCCGUGCCUGUGCUAGCAACUGAAGCUAGUAUCACUCAUACAGACAAGAGCAGCGCCCUCCUAGCUCUUCUACGUCAGGCACAAACCUCUUGAAGUCAUAAAAUGAUGAAUCCCUCAAUACUCAUGCAUCCCUCUAAGCCUUUUGUCUCUCCUCUGUAUUCCACUCCUCGCACCAGGACCAAUGUAACUGAGAGCAUUGCUAUUGAAGGUCGCAACCUGAGCUACUCGGUUGCGAUGAGGCAAGGUAAAACAUUACCAAUUCUUAGAGAUUGCUCUCUGCGCAUACCUUCAGGGCAGUUUUGGAUGCUUCUUGGACCCAACGGGUGCGGGAAAUCUACCCUCUUGAAGAUUUUGGCUGGUCUCUUGAAUCCAACAAUUGGAAGUGUGCAUGUGAAGAGGCCUAGGAGUUUUGUUUUUCAAAAUCCUGAUCAUCAGGUAGUGAUGCCUACAGUUGAAGCAGAUGUAGCAUUUGGCCUUGGUAAGUUUAACCUGACCCCUGAUGAAGUCAAAUCUAGAGUGUCAAAAGCUUUGGAUGCUGUCAGCAUGUCGAAGUUCAUGCAGAGGUCAGUUCAGACUCUCAGUGGUGGCCAGAAGCAAAGGGUUGCCAUUGCUGGUGCUUUAGCAGAAGCAUGUAAAGUUCUGUUAUUGGAUGAGCUGACAACAUUUUUGGAUGAAAAUGAUCAGAUUGGGGUGAUCAAAGCAGUUAGGAACUGUUUGGAUAGCUCUGGAGAUGUUACUGCUUUAUGGGUCACCCAUCGUCUUGAGGAACUUGAGUAUGCUGAUGGUGCUGUCUAUAUGGAAGAUGGGAGAGUUAAAAUGCAUGGCAAUGCAGCAGACAUAUUGGAUUUCAUUAAGACCAGGCAAUCAGCUUAUAUCAAGGAAAUCAAUUCUUGAAAGAUCAUCCCACUCUUUGCAGAAAAACUAAUAAGUCUGACUGUAGGGACUGCAUUGAUGACCUGCAUGCCGUUGUUCAGGAAUGAUGAGGGAAGAGGCAUUUGUGAGCAAACCAACACUGCUGAUUCUGCGUUUGGCAGGUUUUCCGGAGUCUGAGAAGGCUGCAAUCCUAUUUUAUUUGUAACAUAACCAUGUAAAACUGGCAUUAUUUGCAUAUAAAGAACGCUCGACUGUAUGUUACGCUUGGAUCAUUUGGAAUUUAAGCCUAUUUUGCUGUAUCAA